AUGCACAGUACUAAAAAUAUUAGCCGACUGACAGCUAAUAGCUUGAGGCAUCUAUCCAAACGUGGGAUAGUUAUCCCUCGAUCAAAAAAUAAAAAGAUGAAACCGAUUAAAAGCCGAACAAGACAUGUUACGUUAGAAAAUAUUAAUCCAGAUGAUAUAAUGGCUAUACAAGAUCCUAAAUUACUUGAAUUUAAAGUUAAACAACUACGCGAAUAUACAAAACGUUUAAAGGAACGAUUAAGAACUUUUGAUACAAAUAAAAUAAGAGAUGAAGAAAUAACGGAUCCUUAUAAUGCACCGAAGAAUGAUAUUGCUGACACGUUAUUAAAUUCAUUCACGUCCAAAUCUGUACGAGAAACUAAUUCGAUUAAUAUCCCAGCAGACCCAGUACAUACUUCCCAAACAUUAUCUGAUUUAAUAGAUACAGUCUCAACCCAUCAGAUCGAGAAGUUGAUACCAGAGGAUGCAAGAAAGAUUGUUGAUAAUGAUACCCUGGUACUCAAAUCUCUUUUAAACAAGAAGAAUAUUAAUUGGAAUUUAAUCGUAACGCAGCUCAUAAGUGACAGAGACAGUUUUCUUACUCUUUCAGCAGAAACUAUAAAUAACUGGUUAAUAAGUGGGGUAACAUCCUUAUCCUUUAAGAAUAUUAAAAAACUGGAUGAACGAUUACAAGAAUGGACAAAACAACGCAGCAUCCCAAUGUCACCAGGAAUGUACGAUUGUUUACUGAGAAUGUACUCAAAAUUAACACCUCAAAGAACGAGUGCAGCAGAAAACGCUGAUGAGAAUAUGGUCAUCCAAAGAAUCGAAGACAUUUUGAAACGUAUGGAUGAUUCGGCUAUAAUUCCUAAUGAAUUUAAUUUAACUGCAUGUGUAACCUAUUGCUCGAAACUAAAAAAUUUCAAAACAAUGAACCACUUCCUUGAGAAAUUUCAGACAGAAUAUGGUUUAACGCCUAAUAAACACACCUACACCAAAAUUAUCCAAUUUUAUGAUGAAUUAGGAUUAGAAGAUCGCGCAUGGAAUACCUUCGAUACAAUGAAAUUUUUGUCAAAAAGUCAUAAACCUGAUAUUUUCACAUACAAUAUGAUGUUGCAUAUAUGUGACAAACAAAAGAAUUAUUCGAAAGCGAUAGAUUUAUUUUAUGAAAUCGAAGAAGAAAAAUUGACCCCAAACCAUUCUACGUUUGUUACAAUCGCUAAAACUCUUGCCUCUUCUAGUGGUGAUAAUAUAGUAGCAGAAGGAAAUGCUGCAUCCUUGAGGUUACUUGGUUGGAAAUUCAUAAGCAAGAUGUUUGAAUAUGAAGAUUACGAUAGUGUUGCAUCUAUGAUGGCUUUAGCGGCUUAUGACGGAGAUAUCACACUAUGUCGUGCGUUAUUUUUUAAAUAUACAAUGAGUGAAUUUACCUCUAAGAGUGAAUCUGAUCCAAACAUCAGCAACGCAUGGAAGAAAUCCAUCAAACCAAUUCUAUUCAACUACCUAUUGCUAUCUUAUUCUAAGUUUAAACCAGACUAUGUCCCAUUAUUAGUGGGAUGGCCAGAAGGUGCACAGAUGAGGAGAACUAUUCUGAAUAGUGUAGAUUAUACCGGAAAAGCAAGCGGUACACGAAACGUUCUUCCAUUACUACCACUACGAAACUUAAGUUCAACCGAUCAUAUAUUGGCUGAAUCGAAUGCAUUAUGGAAGUUCGUUUUAGCUAACGGUGAUUUUACCCAGCAUACAAGUAGUUUAACCCAAGAAUUGGACGGCGAAAUUUUGCAAAAAUUAACCGAACAACCAACAACUUUUGAAGAUUUUAAAUUUAAUGUUUUACAUGUUAUUGGUAAAUGGAAAAUGAAAUAUAUGAAUAAUUUCCUAUUUAACCACCGUUGUCUUGUUUCAUAUCUGAGUAUCCCAUUAAGAUUGAAUAGUGCUACAGAAUUUUGGGAAAGGCUAGAUACAUAUACGUUUAAAGAAAGUGAAUUCGAUGAUAAAUUAUUAGACAUAUUUUAUGAAACUAAAUUAUUAGAAUCCGAAACAAUACAGCCUGAAAACACUACAUCCAAGCAAAUUAUAAGAAUAUCUUCUAUGGAGAAACAUGCUGAAUACCUUGCAUCAAUCGGCCAUAAGAUUCUCUACGAUAAUUCAACAUUUGACAUAUCAAUGAAAGGUGCGACGAAAUUUAACAAUCUUGAAAGAGCUAAAAAGGAAUGGAUCGAUAGAGGGAAAUACAGAAAAACUGAAAAUUAUAUGAAACUUGACGAAACUAAGAAAAGUAAAUUAGAUUCUGAAUUUGCUAAAAUCAUGGUAAAUUUCUUUGUAUCCCAAAGGAAAUAUGAUGAAGCAAUGAGUAUUGUUUUAACUUCUAAGAGAAACAUUAGAUGGAAGUAUGGUAUGGUGAAGAAUUUGAUCAAGGGUCUUGAAAGUAUAGAAGAUGAGAGAAAUGUCAAGAUCUUACUAGAUAUAUUAAACCGGAAACCAACAGAAAUUGCAUAUAUUAACAAACAAAUAGAUAGUUUAGACCUAAACAUGAGGUAA